AUGGCAGGCCGAACCCCCCCUGCUGUCUUCAACUCCUCCCCUGCACCAAUCGACCAAGAUUGGGUCGACGCCGAGCUCAUCCCCUUCCUCCAGCGGGUCUACCCAGAAGAGCGCAGGACGACAAUGGAUUGGAACCGCCAGGUCGUUUUCGGAAGGUCGAACCUGCAUCUUCUCGAACACUACGAAGACUUCCCGUUCACAAUCGAACGUCUCCGCCUCUGCCUUCUCAACUCCGAACUCUUGACACCUGCGGAAAUGUCAAAGUUCAUCGCUGUCACCGAGCAAGGCAGCCAGUACUGCCUGCGUAUCUUUGUCCGCCAUGCUAUUGUACACGGAUCGUACAUGCUGUAUUCCUUGGGAGACAACCCGAGUCCGGAGUUUCCUCGAGCAGGACACACUAGUACUAGGCCGUCAACUGCAUCUCCAGCUGAACCUGCCCCAGCGCGCGCGACUUCUGUUGCAGUGCUCGAAGCAAGGAAUGCGACACUGGAGAGGGAACUAGCCAGUCUUCAGGCUGAGCGAGGUCGUGGAAAUGGUCGCGGAAACGGUCGUGGAAGGGGUCGGCCUUCGCAGCCUCGUGGCGACUUCGUUGGACGUUCGGACCGCGGUGGUCGUUUUGGUCAAGGACCAAAUCUUCCUCCGAGCAUGCAACAGACGUCAUCUCAGUUCCCAUCAAACCCACCUCCGGGGAUGUAUGGCUACCCGACUUAUCAGUAUGGGUAUGGCAAUCCUUACAUGGCUGCGCCGACUAUGGGCGGCUAUCCUAUGCAGUCCUACCAACAGCAGUAUCCUGGUGGUUGGACUGGUAGCCAAAUGAUACGGGAGCAAGCAGCGGUUUCACAAUGCCGCAGCAGCAAGUCGGCCUUCCGGGUUAUCAAGGACAAACUGCUCAACGUGGUCGCGGAUCUUCAGGAAGUCAACAAGGCCAAGGCCAGGCACCGUCUCAAGGUCUUCCAAGACGUCCUCAGCAACCGCCUUCAGGAUCUGGCGCAAGCACUCACGUGCCUCGCCCUGACGCGGAGGAGUUCUAUCCAGCAAUGGCUACAACUGAUUCGGGACGGCUGA